CCUCGCGCGUCUUCCCGCUCCCCGGCGGUCAAGCUGCGCGCGCGGGCCGCGCUUGUUCCUGGCUGGGCCCGCGCUCCCGCCGCGGCGCUCUGCAGUCAUGUUCCCGCCCGUUCCUUCUCCGCGGACCCCAGGCCCCGGGUCUCGAAGGGGCCCGCUGGCCGGAGUCGGGCCGGGCUCUAUGCCGCGGGCGGCAGGCAGGAGGGGUCUGCCCCCGGGCUCUGCGGUCGGCUCCCCAGCGCUCUUCUCGGCCGUCGGCAGGCGGAGCUCGCUGAGCUCGCGAGGAACACCUACACGGAUAUUCCAAAACCACUCCAUAACUGAGGCUAUGAACUACGAGGUGAAAACCUUUGGAUCUUCUCUCCCUGUUAAAGUCAUGGAGGCCCUGAUGUUGGCGGAAGUUGAUGAUCAGCUGACUGUUCACAUAGAUGAAGGUGGAUGGGCAUAUUUGGUCUGCAAAGAGAAGCUCAUUAUUUGGAAGAUUACUCUGUCGCCUUUUACUAAGUUAUCUGUCUGCAAAGAACUGCAGUUGCCACAUAGUAAUCUUCACCGGACCACUGACCUGGUAGCGCUCUCUUACUCUGCUACCUCAGGUGAAGCAUAUUCUGCUCAGGCUCUUGGGGUCAUGGUUGCCACCGGAGAGGGGUCCAUUCGCUAUUGGCCAAGUCUUGCUGGGGAGGACAUAUACACAGAGGCUUUCGUGGAUUUGGGAGGUGAUAAGACUUACAGUUUCCUAACAGCAGUGCAGGGAGGAAGUUUUAUUUUGUCCUCAUCGGGAAGCCAACUGAUUCGGUUGAUACCGGAGAGCUCGGGGAGGAUUCACCAGCACGUCCUGCCCCAGGGACAAGGCGUGCUCUCAGGAAUUGGUCGGAGGGUUUCCUCUCUCUUCGGAAUUUUGUCUCCUUGUAGUGAUCUCGUACUUUCAAGUGUUCUCUGGGAUAGAGAGCGAGCGAGCUUCUAUAGCCUGACAAGUUCAAACAUCAGUAAAUGGGAAUUAGAUGGUUCUUCAGAAAAACAAGCACAUAGUUGGGACAUAAAUAGAGCCCUGAAGGAGAACAUCACUGACGCCAUUUGGGGGUCUGAGAGUAACUAUGAAUCUGUUAAAGAAGGAGUCAACAUUCGAUAUCUGGACUUGAAGCAAAGCUGUGAUGGGCUCCUGAUUUUGGCGGCAGCGUGGCACCCAGCAGACAAUCCAUGUCUCGUCUAUUACUCUCUGAUAACUGUGGAAGAUAAUGGCCACCAGAUGUCAGAUGCAGUUACUGUAGAAGUCACUCAGUAUAGUCCACCUUUUCAGUCUGAAGACCUGAUUAUGUGUCGGUUAAUGGUCCCAAACUUUUCAAGCCAAACUGCUUAUCUGUACACCGAAAAUGCUGUCUAUGUGUGCUCCACAGGAACUGGGAAAUUUUCUCUUCCGCAGGAGAAAAUUGUCUUCAAUUCACAAGGAGACAGUGUUUUAGGCGCUGGUUCCUGUGGCGGUAUUCCUGUCAUUUUUUCUAGGAACAGUGGACUGGUAUCUAUUACCUCAAGGGAAAACGUGUCUACAUUAGCAGAAGACCUCGAAGACUCCUCGGCUUCAGUCGCGGGACCAAGCAGUGAUAGUAUGUUUUUUGAGACCACUACAAAGAGUGAAACCAUAGCACAGGAGGAUAAAACCAAGCUGUUCAAGGCUGCUUUUCUGCAAUACUGCAGAAAAGAUUUAGUUCGUGCUCAGAUGAUGGUGGAUGAGCUAUUUUCCUCUCAGUCUGAUUUGGAUUCUGAUUCUGAGCUAGACAGGACUGUUACCCAGCUGAGUUUAGACCUGGUGGACGACUACCCAGCUUCUGAUCCACGGUGGGCUGAAUCUGUCCUCGAGGAAUCCCCCAGGUUCAGCAACACGUCGCUGAUUAUUCUUCACCAGCUGGAGGACAAGAUGAAAGCCCACUCUCUCCUCAUGGACUUCAUCCACCAUGUUGGCCUGUUCGGGCGUCUGCGCGUGUUCCCAGUCAGAGGGGCGCCCAUGGCGACACGUCUGCUGCUCCGGGAGCAUGCUGAGAAGUUGUCAGCCGCCAUCGUCCUCAAGAACCACCACUCCCGGCUCUGUGACCUGGUGAACACGGCCAUAUCGAUGGCCUUGAGCAAGAGGGAGUACGAGAUCCCGCCCAGCCUGACCCCUGCUGAUGUCUUUUUCCGAGAGGUGUCCCAGGUAGACACCAUCUGCGAGUGUUUGCUGGAGCACGAGGAGCAAGUCCUGAAGGACUCGUCGCUGGACUCGGUUGAGUGGGCGGAGGUGGUGGUCAAUGUGAACAACAUCCUGAAGGAUAUGCUGCAGGCUGCUGGUCAUUAUCGCCAGCACAGAAGCUCCUUGUACAGAAGAGAAGAACCACUGGGAAAGGAACCCGAGUAUGUUCCGUGGACAGCAACGAGUGGUCCUUCUGGCAUCCGAACAGCCAUAGUACGCCAGCAUGGGAUUGUCCUGAAGAUGGUUUAUCCCCAGGCAGACAGCAACCUCCGGAACACCGUGACAGAGCAGCUAGUAGCACUGAUUGACUGCUUCCUAGAGGGCUAUGUUUCUCAGCUUAAGUCUCUGGACAGAUCCAGUGAUCAGGAGAGAUAUGACAGUCUAGAUGUGGAGUACCUGCAAAAGAGAUCAGAUCUCUUAUCUCCUCUUCUCACACUGGGCCAGUAUACGUGGGCUGCUUCUCUUGCAGAGAAGUACUGUGACUUCGACAUCCUGGUGCAGAUGUGCGAGCAGACCGACAACCAGUCCCGACUGCAGCGCUACAUGACCCAGUUUGCCGAGCAGAACUUUUCAGACUUUCUUUUCCGUUGGUAUCUGGAGAAGGGAAAGCGAGGGAAGCUGUUGUCUCAACCCGUUUCUCAGCAUGGGCCGCUAACAGACUUCCUGCAAGCUCACGGUCAUCUCAGCUGGCUACAUGAAAUUAAUAGCCAAGAGUUAGAAAAGGCCCAUGCAACACUUCUGGGUUUGGCAAAUGCAGAAACUCGUUACUUUUCGAAGAAGAAAACCCUUCUUGGUUUGAGUAAAUUAGCUGCAUUAGCUUCAGACUUUUCGGAGGAUCUACUGCAAGAGAAAAUUGAAGAGAUGGCUGAGCAGGAGCGCUUUCUGCUACACCAGGAGACCCUACCUGAACAGCUGCUGGCAGAGAAGCAGCUCAGUCUCAGCGCGAUGCCAGCACUGACGGCCCCACAGCUCAUCAGUCUAUAUAUCUGUGAAGAAAAUAGAAGAGCUAAUGAAUACGAUUUCAAGAAAGCUCUGGACUUGCUGGAAUACAUUGAUGAGGAGGAAGAUAUAAAUAUAAAUGACCUAAAACUGGAGAUCCUGUGCAAAGCUCUGCAGAGAGAUAACUGGUCCAGUUCAGGUGGUAAAGAUGAUCCAAUUGAAGUAUCUAAAGACAGCAUAUUUGUGAAAAUCUUACAGAAACUUGUAAAAGAUGGCAUUCAGCUGAGUGGAUACUUACCAGAGGUGAAAGACCUUCUGCAGGCAGAUCAGCUUGGGAGCCUAAAGUCCAAUUCCUACUUUGAGUUUGUUUUGAAAGCAAAUUAUGAAUAUUAUGUCCAGGGACAAAUGUAACUUUUUCUAAAAAUGGUCAUUGUUUCUGAAAUUUGUAUGAGUGCACACUUAUAAACAUUUUAGACCUUAACUAGAAAUUUGUAUGAUUUUAUAACAUGUAUAGCUGAUUUUUUUAAACUUUGUUUAGAAGUAACAUAAAAUAGUUCCCUAAUUAUAAUUUUGGUUUUCAGUUACAUGUUACCGUCUUUCUCCCCUUUUCUCCACCUGAAAUCUUAUGAGUUGUUCCAGAACUUGCUACCAUUGCUUUUUAAUUUGGUCCACGGUCGGGAGUUCUUGGCCUGGUUCUGGCUCCUCGAAGGCACAGAUCACUUCCACGCUUCAGUUUCUAUAACUAAACAUUGUAGGACUGCACUGAAUUCUCUCCAUGACUCUGGAUAUUGUGCAGCAAAGAGAAUCUGCAGUGUUAGGUACCUAUUUUGGUUAGGGAUAGAAGGAAAUAUCUAGUAAAAUAAAUGUCACAUUUUGCUGACUUAUAAUGGUACUAUAAAACAAAACACUGGACCUGGCUCAUAGGAGUUUGAUAACUGAUUAACUCAUUGAGAACAUUUUAAACUUUUCUACAUAGAUAACAAAUGAGUGUUAGGGAAGUAUUUUAGUGAAUAAAACAUUUAUGUGGCUUUUAACCUAUCUGUAAAUCACCAUUGAUAAUAAGCUUAUAGUAUCAGCCUCGUGUAUUUUCAGAGUGGUUUUCACUGGAUUCCAGCAU